AUGCCUUCUGUCCUGGCUGGCCGUGCUCCGGUCCUCCUCCGAGCUGGUCGUCGCAUUCCUCGAUCUUUUCCUGCUCCCGCCAGGUCUCUCACCACCGCCUCGCUCAAGUCUCCUGGACGUGCUUUGCUUCAGGCCAAGCAGCACCCAAAGAGAAUCGGCACAAUUUCAAUUGUCCGCAAUUACAGCGCUUCUCCCGCCGAAACCGCACCCAACCCCAAGGCUUACAUCGACAGCGGUGUCAUCAAGCAAGUCCAAAAUGUGGAUGUGAAGAAGGUCCUGGUCAUUGGCAGUGGCGGUCUUGCCAUCGGCCAGGCUGGCGAAUUCGAUUACUCAGGAUCACAAGCACUCAAGGCCCUGAAAGAAGCAGGCGUCGCCUCUGUCCUCAUCAACCCCAAUAUCGCUACUAUCCAGACCAACCACAGCCUCGCCGACGAGGUCUAUUAUUUGCCAGUCACUCCCGAGUAUGUCAGCUAUGUCAUCGAAAAGGAGAAGCCUGAUGGCAUCUUCUUGUCUUUUGGUGGACAGACUGCCCUGAACUUGGGUGUUCAGAUGCAGCGCCUAGGUCUGUUUGAAAAAUACGGCGUCAAGGUCCUUGGCACCAGCGUCCGAACUCUGGAAGUUUCCGAGGAUCGAGAUCUCUUCGCCAAGGCUCUGGAGGAGAUCAACAUUCCCAUUGCCAAGUCCAUUGCUGUUAGCACCGUUGAUGAGGCUCUCGACGCCGCCGAAAAGGUCGGCUAUCCCAUUAUUGUCCGUGCCGCCUAUGCUUUGGGUGGUUUGGGUUCUGGUUUCGCCAACAACGAGGAGGAGCUCCGCAACAUGGCUGCCCGAUCUCUGACUCUGUCGCCUCAAAUCUUGGUUGAGAAGUCGCUCAAGGGCUGGAAGGAACUCGAAUAUGAAGUCGUCCGCGAUGCCAACAACAACUGUAUCACUGUUUGCAACAUGGAAAACUUUGACCCUCUCGGUAUUCACACUGGUGACUCCAUUGUCGUGGCUCCGUCGCAAACUUUGAGCGACGAAGAAUACCACAUGCUUCGAUCUGCCGCCAUCAAGAUUGUGCGACAUCUUGGUGUCGUUGGCGAAUGCAACGUCCAAUACGCCCUCCAGCCCGAUGGUCUCGACUACCGUGUCAUUGAGGUCAACGCCCGUCUCUCUCGAUCCUCCGCCCUGGCCUCAAAAGCUACUGGUUACCCUCUGGCGUAUACUGCUGCCAAGAUUGGUCUCGGCCACAGCUUGCCUGAGCUCCCCAACGCCGUUACCAAGACCACCACCGCCAACUUCGAACCCUCUCUGGAUUACAUCGUCACCAAGAUGCCCCGAUGGGAUUUGUCCAAGUUCCAGCACGUUAAGCGUGAUAUCGGCAGUGCCAUGAAGUCGGUCGGUGAAGUCAUGGCCAUUGGCCGAACUUUUGAAGAAUCUUUCCAGAAGGCUAUCCGUAUGGUUGAUCCCCGAUUUGUCGGCUUCCAGGGCGACAAAUUUGACGACUUGGACUUUGAGCUGCAGAACCCUACCGAUCGUCGAUGGCUCGCCGUCGGCCAGGCCAUGCUGCACGAGAACUACUCUGUCGACAAGGUUCACGAUUUGACCAAGAUUGACAAGUGGUUCCUGUACAAGCUCCAGAACAUUGUCGACUGCACCCGUGAAUUCCAGCAAGUUGGUAGCCUGCAGGCCCUGAAGAAGGACCAGAUCCUCAAGGCAAAGAAACUGGGUUUCUCUGAUCGCCAAAUUGGUAUGACCGUCAACGCUACUGAGGAUGAGGUUCGCGCGUACCGAUUGAGCUUCAACAUCCGACCUUGGGUCAAGAAGAUUGACACCCUUGCCGCCGAGUUCCCUGCCGAUACCAACUACCUGUACACCACCUACAAUGGUUCUUCCCACGAUGUCACUUUCGACGACAAGGGCAAGAUUAUUCUCGGAAGCGGUGUCUACCGAAUUGGUUCCUCUGUCGAAUUCGAUUGGUGCGCCGUCGGUGCCACCCAGGCUCUCCGCCAGAUGGGUGAGAAGACUGUCAUGAUUAACUAUAACCCCGAAACGUUUUCGACCGAUUUCGAUUGCCCCGAUAGGCUCUACUUCGAAGAGCUUAGCUAUGAGCGUGUCAUGGAUAUUUACGACCUUGAGGAUGCUUCCGGUGCUGUGGUCUCGGUGGGCGGACAGCUCCCUCAGAACAUCGCCCUUCGCCUGCAGGAGACUGGAGGCGCCAGGAUUCUCGGAACUGACCCCAAGGAUAUCGACAAGGCCGAGGACCGUCAAAAGUUCUCGGAGAUUCUCGAUAGCAUCGGUGUUGACCAGCCUGCUUGGAAGGAACUCUCCUCCGUUCAGGCUGCUGAGCAAUUUGCCGAAGAAGUUGGCUACCCCGUUCUUGUCCGUCCCAGUUAUGUCCUCUCCGGUGCUGCCAUGACCGUUAUUCGAAGCAAGGAAGACCUCAAGGAGAAGCUUGAGGCCGCCAGCAACGUUUCACCUGACCAUCCUGUCGUUAUCACCAAGUUCAUCGAAGGCGCCCAGGAAAUCGAUGUCGAUGCCGUCGCUUCCAAGGGUGAACUGAUCAUCCAUGCCGUCUCCGAGCACGUUGAGCAAGCAGGUGUUCACUCCGGUGAUGCUACUCUGGUCCUCCCUCCCGCCAACCUGGACGGCGCUGUCAUGGAGCGUGUCAAGGAUAUCGCCAAGAAGGUUGCCAAGGCAUGGAACAUUACCGGUCCUUUCAACAUGCAGAUUAUCAAGGCCGACGACAGUGAAGGCGGUGAGCCCGCCCUCAAGGUUAUUGAAUGUAACCUGCGUGCUUCCCGAUCUUUCCCCUUUGUCAGCAAAGUCCUCGGGCUCAACUUCAUCGACGUCGCUACCAAGGCUCUCGUCGGAAAGGAUGUUCCCAAACCCACUGAUCUCAUGGCCGUCAAGCGCGACUACCUCGCUACCAAGGUUCCCCAGUUCUCUUGGACCCGUCUCGCUGGUGCCGACCCCUUCCUCGGCGUCGAAAUGUCUUCCACUGGUGAAAUCGCUUGCUUCGGUAAGGACCUGGUUGAAGCCUACUGGGCCUCUCUCCAGUCCACCAUGAACUUCCGCAUGCCUGAGCCUGGUGAGGGUCUCCUCUUCGGUGGCGACGUCAGCAAGACCUGGUUGACGCAGGUUGUCGACUAUGUUGCUCCCCUCGGAUAUAAGCUGUACGCUGCCGGUAACGAUGUCAAGGAAUUCAUCGAGUCCACCGCCAAGGGCAAGGUCACCGUCGAGGUCAUUGAGUUCCCCAAGGAGGACAAGCGUGCCCUUCGUGAAGUCUUCAAGAAGUACGAUAUCCGCGGUUGCUUCAACUUGGCUCUUGCUCGUGGCAAGACGACUCUCGAUGUCGACUAUGUCAUGCGCCGAAACGCCGUUGACUUUGGUGUCCCUCUGUUCAUGGAGCCUCAGACCGCCAUCCUCUUCGCCCGGUGUAUGAGCGAAAAACUGCCCCGCAAGGAGGGUAUUCCCUCCGAAGUCCGCCGCUGGUCUGACUUUAUCGGCGGCAAGCCCCUGUAA